AUGUUAGUUGAUUUACAGCUAACGUUUAUUGGAGGUUCAAACGGUUUUAAAGCAUUGACAAUUUUUCGCAAAUACGGACGAUACGAUGAUUUCAGGCUGCUAUUCAACCGCGGGAUACCUUUAAAUUCUGUUACCAAAACAUUCGGUUUAUUGAAGACAGCUACUAAGUACGGCAAACUUAAAAUUGUAGAGCUAUUAAUUAAAAGUGGAGUUGAUUACCAUCGAGUAAGAAAAGAUGGAGUUAGUUUAUUGAUGAUUGCGUCUGAAUAUGGACAUACUGGAAUUGUCAAGACAUUUCUUGAACACAAAGUAGACGUUAAUCUAACAUCAGCAGACGGAUUAAAUGCACUGAUGAUAGCAGCUCUAAAUGGACAUAUUGGAAUAGUAGAAUUAUUGAUAAAAAAUGGUGCUAAUGUAAACCACUUUAAUAAACAAGGAUUCGAUGCUUUGAUGUUGGCAUCUCAGAAUGGCCACUUUGCGAUCUCUAAGCUUCUUAUUGAGAGCGGAUCAAAUUUAACGCACACAAUGAAAAAUGGUUAUACUAGCUUAAUGAUUGCUGCGGACAACGGACAUGAUAAGGUUGUUGAAUUACUACUAAACAACGGUGCAGAUUUAACACAUGUUAACGAAUAUAAAUGGGAUACUUUAAUAAUUGCUUCCAAGAAAGGGCACCAUAGAAUUGUGGAGCUACUCAUUACGAAAGGCGCAAGUUUAAAUUGCCGCACCGAUAAUGGAUUUGACGCAUUGAAAAUAGCUUUUGAUUUCGGACAUUUCAAAACGAUACAUAUAUUAUUAAAAAGCUGUGUAGAUUCAGAUUAUUUAAUACACAGAAAACAAGAAGGUUUAAUUUUUGCUUGCAAUAAAGGAUAUUAUAAAACGGCAAAAUUAUUAAUUAAAGGUGGAACUGAUGUAAACGAGAUGACAACAGAUAGUUACAGUGCAUUAAUAGAUGCCACAACUCACGGCCACACAAGAAUUGUUAAAUUACUGUUAGAAAAUGGCGCAGAUUUCAAAGUCACAAAUGUGUCAGGAAUGAAUGCCCUAAUGAUCGCAUCCGAAAGCGGUAGUUAUAAUAUUGUAAAAUUGUUAAUAAAAUUCAAGGCAGAUUUAAAUUUGUUUAAUGUAGAUGGAGUGACUGCUUUAAUGAUUGCUGCUUACUAUGGGCAUUUUAGCAUUGUAAAGCUAUUGACUCAAAGCGGAGCAGAUAUAAACAUAGUAUCUCAAGAUGAAUGUAAUGCUCUAAUGCGUGCCUGUGAAGGAGGAAAUUGUAAAAUUGUACAAUUUCUUUUAGAAAACGGAGUAGAUUUAAACUCCAAAGCCAUAGAUGGAACAGAUGCGAUGAUGAUUGCAUGUCUAAAUGGACAUUAUACAAUUGUAGAGAUGCUGUUGAAACGUGGUGUCGAGUUUAAACGCACUAACUCAAUUGGACAAAAUGCGUUAAUUUGUGCAUCUCAAAAAGGACACACUGAAACUGUACAUCUCCUUAUACAACACGGGGUGGAUGUAAAUUUUAUGAAUAAAAAUAAUGUAGAUGCCCUAAUGUUUGCAUCUUUAAACGGACAUUAUAAUGUCGUAAAGCUUUUACUAGAAGAAGGUGCAGAUUGUAAUCACAUUUCUUCUGAUGGAAAUAAUGCAUUAAUGUUUGCAUCAAGUAAUGGUUAUUACAAAAUAAUUGCGAAACUUUUAAAAAGUGGAGCUGAUCUUAACUGCAUGAAUGAUGAAGGUUUGGACGCAUUGAUGUUAGCAUCUAAAAAAGGAUACGAUAAUAUUGUUAAGUUACUACUUCAAAAUGGAGCGACUCUAACACGUGUGCAUGAUGAUGGUUACUUCGCACUGGUAUUAGCUUUAGUUGAAGGGCAUCAUAAAGUAGUUGAAUGUCUGCUUAAUGUUGUAGCCAAUAUAAACUUUCUAUCAGAAACUGGAGUUCUGCCAUCAAUUAGUAGCUCUAAUAAUGAUACUCCAAUAAUGUUACUAGAAAAUCUGUUUGAUUCCUCUUCUAUUAAAAUACCAGAAAGUACUAAACUAUUAGAUGGUACAUGUAUUAUACUUGGAAUGAUACAGAACCAAGGGACAAGUUUAAAGUAUGAUUCAAAUGAUUUUAACGAAUUGAUUGUAAAUGCAUUCUUAGGAAAUCAGAAUAAUGUAGCAAUGCUUGUAAGAAAAGGAGCUGAUUUAAAACAUGAAACUAAAUGUGGUUUAAAUGCUCUAAUGUGUGCAAGUCUAGGUGGCCAUUACAAUAUUGUAAAGUUACUUAUUGAUAAUGGAGCAAAUUUAAAUUCCCGAACUCCUAAUGGAAAUAACGCAUUAAUAUUUGCUACUAUAAAUGGACACGAGAAUAUAGUUAAUUUAUUAAUAAAAUAUGAAGUUGAUUUAAAUUGCUUAAACGAAGAUGGUUUUGAUGCACUGACGAUUGCAUGCUUGUAUGAACAUUAUAACAUUGUACACCUUCUAAUAAAUAAUGGAUCACAUUUUACAAGUAUUAACAAAAAAGACUUCAAUGCAUUAAUGUGUGCAUCCCGAAAAGGAAACACUAAAAUUGUUGAACUUCUACUGAAUAAGGGGGCGGAUGUAAAUUUUCUGAACACACAUGAUGUAGAUGCCCUAAUGAUAGCAUCUGUAAUGGGACAUUAUAAUGUUGCAAAGCUUCUACUUAAAGCAGGUGCAAACUGUUAUCACAUUUCUGCAGACAAAAAUAACUCAUUAAUGUACGCAUGCAAAAAUGGACAUGACAAAAUAGUAAAGUUACUUUUGAAACAUGGAGUUGAUGUAAACUGUGUUAACGUAGAUGGGUGGGAUGCGUUGAUGUUAGCAGCAGAAAAAGGCUACGAUAAUGUUGUAGAGUUAUUACUAAAACAUGGAGCUGACUUAAGGUGUAUUCAUGAUGAUGGAUGGGACGCAUUGGUUAUAGCUGCCCAGAAUGGACAUUAUAAAGUUGUUGAUUUGCUGCUCGAAAAACAUACUUUGAUCAAUCCUGAAUCUAAAUGUGAACACGAUAACACAGUAUUGAAAGCUGCUAAAUGUUCUGAUUUUAAUAUGCAGAUUACAACAGGUUGGGAUGCUUUAAAUUUUGUGAGACUAAAUCGUCACAAGAGAUACUUUAAGUCAGCAUUACAACGGAGGGUUUUAUUAAAUUUUAGAAUUUUAAACGGUUAUAAUCCGCUGCUUAUUGCCGCAUACAACGGUCAGACAAAAAUAGUAAAUUUACUACUUAAAUCAAAAGUUGAUUCAGAUCAAAUAUCCAGAGAUGGCUUCAAUGCUUUAAUGUUAGCAUGUCUAAAUAAUCAUUUUGAUACUGUAGAAUUACUACUUAAAAUGGGUAAUUGCGAUUUAAAUAAGUUUAACAAAAACGGACAUAAUGCACUUAUGUGCGCGGCUCUAAAAGGACACCAUAAAAUUGUAGAGCUUCUACUAACAAAUUAUACUGAUUGUAAUCUGCAUAACACAAAUUAUGUAGAUGCCCUUAACAUCGCAUCUCAAAACGGAUAUUAUGAAGUCGUAGAGCUUCUACUAAAUAAAGUUGUAAAUUGUAAACACACAUCAACAGACAAAAACCCUUCACUAAUCUUUGCAUCUAGAAAUGGACAUGACAAGAUAGUAGAGUUACUUUUGAAGCAUGGAGCUGAUGUAAACUGUGUGAAUGAAGAUGGUUGGGAUGCGUUGAUGUUUGCAUCUGCAAAAGGCUAUGAACAUAUUGUAGAUUUACUACUACAAAAACAAACACAGAAAACUUGGUUUGAUUCGUUGAGGAUUGCUGCUUACAAUGGACACAAGGAAAUUGUAAAAAUGUUUAUCGAUAAGGGUAUAGAUUUAAAAACAAAGACAGAAGAAGGAUUUAAUGUAUUAAUGAUUGCCGCUCAAAAUGGUUAUUAUGAAGUUGUAGAGAUGUUAAUUGAUGAAGGUGCAGAACUAAAUGCUUCAACAUCAAUGGGAUUCGAUGCAUUAAUGUAUGCAUCUCUAAACGGACAUAACAAAAUAGCUGAUUUAUUAAUAGAAAAAGGUGCAGAUUUAACAAACGAAACAGAGCAAGGAUAUAAUGCAAUGAUGCUUGCAUGUCUUCAUGGACAUCACAAAAUCGUAGGGAUGUUGCUAAAUCGUGGAGUCGAUUUAACGCGAGUCAGGGCAAAUGGACCUAAUGCAUUAAUGUGUGCGUCUCAAAACAGAGACACUGAAACUGUAGAACUUCUACUGAAAAAGGGGGCGGAUGUAAAUUUUCUGAAUACAAAUAAUGUAGAUGCCCUAAUGAUAGCAUCUGUAAUGGGACAUUAUAAUGUCGCAAAGCUUCUACUUGAAGCAGGUGCAAAUUGUAAUCACAUCUCUGCGGAUAAAAACAGCUCAUUAAUGUACGCAUGCAGAAAUGGACAUGACAAAAUAGUUGAGUUACUUUUGAAGCAUAGAGCGGAGGUAAAUUACGUGAACUUAGUUGGAUGGGAUGCGUUGAUGUUAGCAGCUGAAAAAGGCUACGAUAAUAUUGUAGAGUUACUACUAAAACAUGGAGCUGACUUUAGGCGUAUUCAUGAUGAUGGAUGGGACGCAUUGGUUAUAGCUGCCCAGAAUGGACAUUAUAAAGUUGUUGAUUUGCUGCUUAGAAGUAUUCGAAUAUCUGAAUAUAUUAAUGAAAACAAUCACGCUUGGAAUGUAUUAUUGAUUGCAUCGCAGUAUGGGCACAGUAACAUUGUUGCACUGCUACUUAAGAGCGGGGUUUAUUCUUCUAGCCUAGAUACUAGCAUGUUUCAAUCUUUAGUAGUUGCUUGCGAUAACGGAUGUGAAAAAGUUGUGCAUUUGCUUCUUGAAAAUGGAGCUGAUUUUAAUGGCAAAAAUAAAGAAGGAUUAGACCCAUUAAUGAUUGCAGCGACCAACGGACAUACCACAAUUGUAAAGUCACUGUUAGACAAAGGAGCAGAUAUAAAUAGGUGUUCGAAAGAUUUGCUUAACUCUAUAAUGGUUGCUACACGGAACGGACAUUAUGAAACAGUAGAACUACUUUUACAAAAUGGAGCUGAAUCAAAUCAUAUUCACAAAGAAGGAAUUACCCUAGACUAUUUGAAUAAGGAAUCUCUACUUGAUACGGCUUCUCCUGACUUUUCACUUGCUUUGAUUCAAGACUGCAUAGCCUUAAUUAUGGAAGGUGGUAGCUUUAGUGAAAUUUUUGCACAGCACAAAGCUCUUUAA